UUGAAUUGAAUCGGAAUCGAGUUUUCCAUCUCUAAUUUGUUUACAAUUUGGUCGGAGUUGAAUAAUUUUUGUAUAAAGAGCGGAAAGUUUUUAUAUUUGCCCACGUGAAAUAAAUAUUUCAAACAAGAAAACAUGGAGAUACAGAGAAACAAUGCUAAAAUUCAAUGCAGUGAUUUCAAAAAAUGUGGAGAAAUAGCCACAUUGCUAUCGAUUGGAAAGCCAGAAUUUUUUCUAAAUUGUGGUUUUUGUGAAUAUACUUUCCUUCAAUUAGAUAAUUUUAUCCACCAUAUGUAUGAAGACCAUCACAACGAAUUUCCUGGUUACGAAUUAAAACAAGAACCCAAUGAAAUAGAAGAAAUAAUGAUCGAGGAAAAAUAUAACACAGAACCCGAAGAAAUUGACGAUUAUAAUGAUGCUAAUGAUUUUAUACUAAAAGGAUUUGAAAAAGUAGAAAUUGAAAUGGAUCUGUCUGAAGAGCACAUUCCACUCGAUAUUGGAGAUAAUUUUACCAAAGAAUAUUGGGAUGAAGAGAACCUGCUUGAAAAUAAUUUACAAGGAGAAUUCCAAAAAGGAUAUAACGUGAAAUUGCCCACAGAAAAGGAAAACACCCGUAACCGACAGCACUCAAAAAAACAUAAAAACAAAUUAUCAGAAUAUGAGUACGAUAGUGAAGAAACUACUGGUGACUUUACGAUCUCUGAGAAAAUUAGAGUAGAAAGAAUAUGUAAAGUCAAUAGUAGGCAAAAAUAUAAAAAAAAGGAAAAUAUAUUAAAAGAUGACAAAAUUAUAAGCGCCGAAAGUGGUAAUGACUCCGAGAUUCCACAGGAAAACCUAAAUUUCUCUUACUUUGAAGAAAAUAGUCAUGUCGUGCCCAAAAAGAGAUUAGAUGGCUACCAGCUGACUAGUAGUUCUUAUAAAUCAGAUGACUCUGAUGUCGGUGAAGAGUUAGAAGAAACUCAAGUUUCAGACUCUGGGCAAAGUGAAGAUAAAAGAAACGAGAGUUUAUAUGAAGCACAAACGAAAACAAUAUUGAAGCCCACGAAAGUAACAAUACCAAAUAUGAUUUUAAAUGAUACACAAUGCCAAGCAUUAGCGGAUAUUUACAAGACACACACUUGCCUUUGGGAUGAAAAUGAUAUCGCAUAUCGGUUUGGCAAUAGGCAUAAAGAAGCAUUAAACUCCAUACUUGAAAAAUGCAAUGAAAUGUGUGGCUUAAGCUUGACUAAUAAUGAAUUGCAAAGCGAAAUUGUAAGACUGCGAAAAAUAACUUCAAUAGAAAAGAGACAAAAAAUUCUUUGUAAAAGAAAGAACACUAAAUUCAAACCUCACUGUCCAUAUUAUCAGCACAUAGAAUAUCUCGAAGUGGAUGUGUCACCCUUCGAAUGCACAAUAUGUGAAACACUGUUUCCUGUUUUGGGUAAGCUUAAAGUGCAUGUAGCAUCUCAUGAUGGUUCGCUGCCAUUUAUAUGCUCGCUAUGUGGACAUGGCUUUCAGUUGGCAAGUAAUCUAACCAUACAUCUACGAAGGCACGUACAAGACUACACGUAUACUUGUGAUAUAUGCAGUAAAUCUUUCGCUACAUCCACAGAUUUAAAAAUACAUGUACGGUUUCAUACAGGGGAAAAGCCCUACGUCUGCUCUAUCUGUGGCCAAAGGCGUUCAACUGCAUCCCACCUAUUUAUACACACUUUGCGCCACCAGAAUCGACGACGCCAUGAAUGUAAGAUCUGUUCAAAGACUUUUAUCGAAAAGGGAACUUUAAAAGAUCACAUGCUUUCGCACUCACAAGUCCGUGAUAAUAUAUGCGAUGUAUGCCAAAAAGGAUUUAAAACUAAAAAGCAUCUUUAUCAACAUAAAUUAAUUCAUGCUGCAGAAAAGAAAUAUGCUUGUAUAUUUUGUGAAAAACGCUUUUCCCAGUCGGCUGGUCUAAAAGGGCAUAUGAAAACACAUGGUACUAAGCUUUCAGCAACUUAAACUGGAAAUUAUCACAUUAUUUGCAAUAGCAAUAUAUUUAUUAACUUAAUAAGUGCAAAAAAUAUUAUUUUUUAUUAACUGUAAUAGUAACUGUAAUGGGAAACGCAUUUAAGACAUGUAAACUUAUGUGUUCGAUUUAUUUAAAUAUUUUCUGACAAUAUGGUUCCGUUAUUUUAUAUAAAGUUACUCUCAUAUAAUAAUAUUAAUAUUAACUUUAGUCAUUAAAUUUUAUUUAAUUUAAACUUAAGUUUUGUGAACUCUAUAUUAUUAUAUAAAAAUAUGUUGAUAUUAUAUAACAUAAUAAAAUAUCACCUGAAAAUUAAUUAAAAAGCAAUCAUAUACAGGUUAAAUAUUAUAUUAGUUGAUAUAUAGCAGCGAAGCGUGAUUGUUAUUGUUGUUAUAGCGGCAGAAUUAUGUCGAGUUGACAGUCGUUGUCCGGAAAAAUAUCCAGGUUCCUUCCGGUUACGUAGACACGACUGUCGUAGGAACGGGGCGAUGCGUGGUCAUGUCCACUGUUUAAUAGUAAUUAUAUUCAUUCGAACUUAAGAGCUUCCAUGGGUUUCACGCCUUCAAAAAAAAAAAAAUUUUUUUUUUAUUGUCUUGUUUAACUUUAUAACAUCUCUAGAAUAUUAUCCUAAAUUCUCAAGUUGAUCCGAGUAAUAGUUUUGAAGUUACAGCCUUAAAAAUUUGUGCGAUCGAGAUCAGUUUAUAGUCACUUAAAACUUUUAACGCGUUUUUCUCGAAAUUUUAUUUUCAAAGACGGUUGUCAAGAUUUCUCGCAACUACUCAACCGAUCUCAAUGAAAUUUUGUACAGGUCUUCGAGAUAUAACUUACAAGGUCUUGAACGAAGGGUUUUUGUUUUGUUCAAUUACAACUAAUAAAAGAAAAUUGAGAAAUAUUCACCAAAAAUUUGCAUAUUUUUGCCAAAAAUAAAUUUUUUUUUUCGUCCAAUACCUAGUUUAUGGUCUUAGAUAAAAUACAUGUUAUUUGCUUUUUACUUUUGGUGAUCUAGUAAGAAUCAUCUAUCUACGCGAAGGCAUCUUUUUGCCGAGGAACUGCCGGAAAUGACGUCGCAAUGGCCGAAUUUUGAAUAUUUCAUAUAUUAUGUGAAAAAACAAAAAUUAUUGAAAAUAGGCCAGGGUUUUCUUCGCUUGCAUGACGUUAGUUGGCAGUUUAUUUAAUAUCAUACAGCGAAUUUCAGAAAUGCUCAGGAAAACGUGUCAGUAAUACUUCUUGGCAAUUGAAAGUGUUAAAAGCGUAUUGAGACGAUAACUUCAUUAUUAAUAGUUGCUAAAAAUUUUUCGUGGUAAAUAACUUAGUUAUUUCUCAAGUAUAGUUUUUAAGAAAAAACGUUAAUAAAAAAAUAAAGCUAAGG